AUGUCGACAAACCCAACCAUUCAGUCUAAUAGCUACAGAGCUAUCCGCGCUACCUACACCCCGACUACUAUAACUGUCUACCAAGCCUAUUCACCCGAAAUCGCCAACCCAGCGCUUAAAGCCCAAACAUUUCAGCCACCCUUCUCUCGCACCCGCAUGACCUGGAUCAAGCCCUCAUUCCUGUGGAUGGCAUACCGCUGCGGAUGGGCGACAAAACCACGGCAGGAGCGCGUCCUAGCCAUCGAGAUGACGCGCAAAGGAUUCGAAUGGGCUCUGCAGCAUUCAUGCUUGAGUCAUUGGGGUGACCAGCGGAAGGAAAUUGCAAAGGACAAAGACCAGUGGCAGCAGCAAUUACGCGACAGUCCCGUCCGGAUUCAAUGGGACCCCGAGCGUGAUCUUAAGCACCAGCCUUUGGAAUAUCGGUCUAUUCAAAUUGGGCUAGGGCUCGGGGCUGUCGAAAGCUAUGUCGAUGAGUGGAUUGUUUCUAUUGUCGAUGUGACGGAUACUAUGUGUAAAAUACGGGAAUAUCUGGAGGCGGGAGACUUGGACUCUGCUAGAGCUUGUUUACCCGAGGAGAAGGCUUAUCCGUUGUCGGAGGAGUUGACAAGAAUCUUGCAUGCUUCGUGUUAA